UAUAAUUAAUAUAGCAAGAUCCCUCCACUCUGCGCUCCUCAGCAUCCUCUACCUAACUAAAGCUCGAUCGAGAACAGAGAGCUAGAAAGAUGAAGAAAGCACUAUUACUGGCAUGGCUUUUCUUCAUCAUAUGCUCCAAAAGAGCUGUGUCACAUUAUUCUGCAUGUGAAGGCAGCACUCUCACCCCAAACUCCACUGGUUGCAUAGAAGAAAAACAUCUUCUCAAGAAUCUAAGCUAUAAAGUGGCGGAAUUACAAAGAGGCAGGUUGGAUGGCAAGCAGGAGGAGGUGGGGAUGGAUGGAAUGAACCAUUUGAAAGAAGUUCAAAGAGGUAAAACAGUGAAUGGGGGUUCAGAUGUAGUCCAUAGCCGCCCACGCCGCAGCGGAGCACCCUCCCCUUUACUAGACGCAACUCAUCUUGUGUUCGGAUUGCUGCUUGUUUUAACUCUCUUCUUCUUUUGAUUACUUGCUACAUGGGGACAAUUUUUCCUUUUUCUGCUUUUUGCUUGGCACAGUAAUUAUAGUGUACUAUUUAUAAUAAUAAUAAAGAGGGAAUUGCUGAAGAUAGCUUAUAAUUACAUGGGUUGGGCUGGCAGAAAUUGGUAUAAACAAUAUGUAAUAUAAAGAUUGUACCUCAUGGGGGUAUUUAUUAUAAACAAAUAUUAUUGCUCAAA